AGUGACUAACACAACAGACGGCAUGCCUCUUUCCUUUAAUCCGCUAUUUUUAUGGAUCAUUUUGGAGUAUUCGUGCUUAGCUUUACUUUUCCACUUUGGACUUUCUCUGUACUCUUUCUUGAGUAUAGUCGUCGACACGGCCAGUGAAGAUCUGCCUCAGGUGAUCGGGUCACUUCAGCCAAUCGUGGCCCCUCUGGGUGGUGAUGUCAUCCUGCCGUGUCACGUGGAGCCUCAGCUCAACGUGGAGGAGAUGACGGUGGAGUGGUGGAGAGUCGACAUCAAGCUGGACACUAGAGAUCCACAGAGCGACUACCGGUAUGUCCACCGUUACCACGACAAACAGCACAAGGAGGACAUGAAGAAGCUGAUGUACGCCGGGAGGACGGAGAUGUUCACAGACGGUCUGAAACACGGAAACAUCUCGCUAAAGAUCAGCAACGUGAUGUGCUUUGACCAAGGAAGUUACAGAUGCCAAAUCCCCCAGUUGGAGAGGGCUUCAGUCAUUAAAAUUACUGUUGCUCCGCCUGAGAGGUGUGGGUCACCUCCGCAGUGUUCUUGGCGCAAUGUGAUAAAGGAUGCUGGGAAAUAUAAGGGACGUCUCUUUUAUGUUUUUAUUUUUUGUUAUUGUCUUAUUUUUUUUAGAUUUUUUAUUUUUAUUUGUUUCUGACAAAA